AUGGACGGGGUGCUACGAGGUGUGGUGCUGACCUCGCCGCCUCCGGCAGGGCGGGCAGGCGGAGGACGGACAGCUGCGGGUGGACACGGCGGGCUGCGGCAAGCAAGCGGAGGGCGGGCCAAUGGCUGGCGCCCCGCUCCGGCAGUGACCAACCUGGGCAUCCGUGACCUGGCCUUUGUCCGCAGAGUUGCCCUGUGCGAGGAGAUCCGCAAGUCGCGACCCAAGGUAGAGUCUGCGCUGGAUCGGCACAAGCGAUGGCUGGCAGCACUGGGAAAGUAUCGCAAGGAGGCAGAGGGAAAGGCUGAAGUGCAGGAGAAGGAGGAGGCGAUUCGGAGGGCACGGUUCAAGCAGCGCGAACAUGCGAAGCGGAUGGCGAUUACAGGCCGCGAGGAGGAGGGGGAGGAGGAGAAGGAGGCUGACCAGGCGCCCGAGCAUGCGGCCGAUCAGGUGUCAGAGCCUGUAGAUGGUGACAACGGCGUGGCGAGCGAUGGUGAGCUGGAACUGGACGACGACGAGGCGGUGGACGACUUGCUCUCGUUUGCAGACGCGCUAGACUACGACCGCUACAUGGGAGAGCUCGACAUCAAGGCCGGCAUCGAACAGCUCAAGACGCGGGCAGCGUACACAGCGGAGCAUCCCGAGGCGGACGAGUCGGGACCUGCCAGUGAGCCUGGAUCGGCAGGCGAGGGGAGCGAGUCGAGCGAGGCCGACGACGAGCCGUGCAAGGCCAACGCGGUGCCGGUUGUCAGCCAGCGCUCGCUGCUCACGUCGGCAGGAGUGAGCAGCGCGCUGACCUGGGUCUCGGACGACAAGUCAGCGACGGCGUCGGAGACCCGCGGCCCAGGAUGGAAUCCGUCGACUCGGAUCGACAGCGGGGCCGGCGACGAUGGCGGCGAGACCGAUUCGGUUAUGUCUGAGAUGCGGAGAGUGCCUCAGCCGCUGCGGCAGAAGCACUCCAAGGCAUCGCUGGCCCAAGUGGCGGCGCGGCUUGCGUCGGCUGCGUUUGAGCCAGACGCGCUGCGCAAGCACCUCCCGGUCCUGCUCCGGACCGACAAGACCAAGAGCCAGGCGCUGCUUUAGGACUCGGCGGCGGCCAGAGCAGCGUCGAAGGCUGCGCGCCC